AUGUUCCCCCACGCGUUCGCCCCCGUCGCCUACCGGCUUCAGGAAGGUCUUCGCAGCGUCGACCUCAAGAGCUUCGACCUCAAGGCCUUGGUUGACAAAGCAGACGUCAAGACAGUGGGACUCGUGGCGCUGGCGGCCGUGGUCGUCGCGGUCCUCGUCAACCUCUUCGUCAAGAGCCUCGUGCCCUUGGGCAAGGGGCUGCUGUCCUCCGCCGCCCACGCCUGGGAUAACGCUGACCAGUGGGGCCUCAACGCCCUCCGUGACAGUCAGUCCAUGGCGCCCGUGACGAAGGUCCUGGACGCCCUGUCGGAGGCGGCGAAGAAGUGGGACGAGCCAGAGGGCGACGUCAGGCACCGCGGCUUCUGAAGUCCGCGGGAAGGGUGUUGAGGCAAGCGCUCCUCUUGUGAGUCUGCCUGGAGGAGUUUGCUUGCUUGGAAGCACACUUUGAUGUUAUGCAAUACAAAGGUUUUUAUUUAUAUAUUUAUGGGUUAAUUAACAUUUCGGGCAUUUAUAUAUU